UUCAGACUUGGAUCUCUGAAGCUACAGAAGGUUUUGAAUCCAGCAGAGGUGGUUAAGGAGCUCAUUGGUUACUGUCUGGACUGCCUGGGAAGACUGCAGUCAAAAACUGAGCAUCUGCAAAAGGAGAAUGAAAGGCUUUUCAGCUGCUGGAGCGAUGCAGAGAAGCGGCUGGAAAAAUGUGUGGAGGCUAAAGAAGAACUAGAGGCAGAUCUUUAUAACCGUUUUAUUUUGGUGCUGAAUGAAAAGAAGGCAAAAAUAAGAAACUUACAGAAGUUGUUGAAUGAAGCUAAAGAAUCGGCAGCAGCUGCCAAAUAUACAAGGGAUAGUAUAGCUACCACUCAGAUGGCUACAGAAGAAGAAAAUGAAUAUGAUGGCAGCACUGAUGAGGAAAGUGAAAAUUUAACACGGCCCUCAUUACCACCAGUGCCAGAACGAAGAGAUUCCCUUCUGGGUAGCCCAGAUGUCAUUGAUACUGCUCCAAGAAGAAAACAAAGACAAAGGACAGCUAAGCCUGAUAGCACAGGAUCUAAGAUGUCUUCUUAUCAGACAGAACUGCCAGCCAAGGAAAAACCUGUUCUGGCCUCACAGAAGACAUUGGAGAAGCAUUCCCUGGAUGUGAUGUCUCUCGAAACACUGGAAAACACUUGUGAGGCAGAAGAUCUAUUUGAUGACAUCUAG